UCUCGUGCGGCGCCGGUCUCGUGAUAGCGGCUGUGUUGGUUAGCUGUUAGCAUCUCCAACGUCUCGGUUUAUAAAAGUCAUGUCAUUCAGGUUGCUAAAAGAAGAAAAAAAGCAUUUGUGAAUAAAUCUCAACGACUACUAAAGAUGUUGUCUCGUCUACUGAAGGAGCACCAGGCGAAGCAAAAUGAGCGGAAGGAGCAGCAGGAGAGACGCAGGCGUGAAGCUAUUACUGCAGCCACCUGUCUGACAGAAGCCCUGGUAGACCACCUCAAUGUGGGAGUUGCCCAGGCAUACGUAAACCAGCGUAAGCUCGACCAUGAGGUGAAGACUCUUCAAGUGCAGGCGAGCCAGUUCUCCAAACAAACUGCUCAGUGGAUCAGUAUGGUGGAGGGUUUCAAUCAGGCCCUAAAGGAAAUUGGGGAUGUGGAGAACUGGGCCCGCAGUAUUGAGAUGGACAUGAGGACCAUCGCCACAGCUCUGGAGUAUGUACAGAAGGGUCAACUUCAGUCUGCUUCCUCAUAAACGUCACGGUGGGACGUUUACGGCUGAAACUCAAUACACUGGAAUGAAACAGAAAUCCAGUCGACUCCUGUCAGCAAAGAUGAGCAGUAAGCACUUUGCUUGUCCUCUUGCCCCUCUGGGUGGGCUGAUGGUUACUUUGUUCAGAGAAAUGUUGAAAGUCUGUUGCAUUUGACAAUUAAUUGCACACCUGCAUCACUGCUUAAGUUCUUGUGUGAGCAACAAUAUUAACCAAGGUGAACUGGUUAACAAGAUUGCGCUGGAGGUUGUUCAAAGAUCAAGCUUGUUUGUAAAAUUAACAAAUAACAUUUUGGCAGUUGAGUAAUGGGCCAGGAAGGAGCUAUGUCAGCAUUGGUGUUUAAAUGUGUCACAUAUAAAGGUAGUAAGUUAAUUAGUUCACCAGCUUGUAAUAGGUUUAAGGGGUGACAGACAAAUUGCCACUUUUCUCCUUGUCUCUUGGAUCUCCUGAAAGCAUUUUAUGGGAAGGCUUCUUUUCAGCACCUGAUACCUGAAUCAUGUAUUGUAUGUCUAUGUACAGAAAUUACUUUACUGUUGUCAAACAACUUAACUUUAAAUUUUGUUACCGUUUAGUGAUGGAACAUUAUUUUUAAUAAAGUUUUAAAAAAUG